AAGCACUACAAAACUAACCCGAACUUCCACGCGUAGACACAAAAAAACACCUUUCCUUUCCAAAAAAAGGUCCAAGCAAUUCAGUCCGAAGAAUACUCGCAGAGAGAGACAGACCCAAUGGAGGAAGGGCUCGGCGGAGAGGAGUACUUGUUCAAGGUGGUGCUGAUAGGCGACUCGGCGGUGGGCAAGUCGAACCUCCUCUCGCGGUUCGCCCGCAACGAGUUCGACCCCAACAACAAGGCCACAAUUGGGGUCGAGUUUCUGACCCAGGAGUUGGAAAUCGACGGAAAAAUGAUCAAGGCUCAGAUCUGGGACACCGCCGGCCAAGAGCGCUUCAGGGCCGUCACCUCUGCUUACUACAGAGGCGCUGUCGGCGCCCUGAUUGUGUACGACAUCAGUAGGAAGACCACCUUUGAGAGCGUCAAGCGCUGGCUCGAUGAGCUCACUACUCAUUGUGAAACAACCGUAGCAAGGAUGUUGGUAGGAAACAAAUGUGAUUUGGAGGAUAUUAGGGCUGUGAGCAUGGAAGAUGGCAAAAGCCUGGCUGAGGAAGAAGGGCUAUUCUUCAUGGAGACUUCUGCGCUUAAUUCCACCAACGUUCAAACCGCUUUUGAGAUAGUUAUCCGGGAGAUUUACAACAAUGUCAGCAGGAAAGUCCUAAAUUCUGAUUCCUACAAGGCCGAGUUGUCUGUAAACCGAGUAAGCCUGGUGAAAAACGGGGCAGACUCGAAAGGCAGGAUGAAUCUCUCUUGUUGUGGUGGAUGAUCUCUAUUUCCUUCGGUUUUACGUUUUACUUUAUAGUGUUCUUUUUACCCCACGCAUGCCAUUCAAAAACCUGUGAUUGGGGAUUAGCUAUAUUAAGAAGACUAUUUUCAUAGUUUUCUUAAAUUUCAAGUUCUUAUUUCUGUGUUGUGUUGUGAAUCCUGAGAUUUCAUUCACAAGUAUGAAAAGAAGCAUGCAUUACAUA